CCCUGCAAACAGGAGUGUGGUAAGAGGGAGGGAGAAAGUGAAAGAGGGAAGGGUGGUUGAGUGAUUAUGUGCUAAGGAGGUGCAUGUGUGUGUGGAGAGGUACGCCACUCUCUCUCUUUACUUUAAGAGCUUUACCACUUCAGCCAACAUCCUGAAGCAGGCCACUCUCCACUCCACCCCUCCUCUCCCGGACCAACGCAUGGACUCCAGCAGCUUGAAAAGAAGUCGGUGAGGAAAGCAACUUUUAAGAAGAGAGAUAAAUGUUGAAAAGGAAGCCUGCUGUUGGUUUCCUGGACUGAGCCGCGUGCGCUGGCUUGUGGAGUGUUGGAGUUACAAUAGGAGGCAAUCCCCUUUUCCUGUGUGUGUUUUCUGUCUGCACUCACGAGGAACAGCGGAACUGGGCUGCAGAAGACUACUGGAAGCAUCGGCAAAGAGGAGGACCAGCCAAAAGAGGAGUAGAGAAAGUGAUAAAACACAGACAGGAGCAGCAGGGGUUGGACUGAGUACACACUAGGAAGACAGAGUCUUGAGGGACACUUAAAGGAGAGACAGACAAAGUUAAAAAGAAGAGAUAAAGGACCAAAGGGGAAAUUCACCUGACCCACUUCUCUGCUCUGCCAAGUGGAGAAACUUCCUCCCUCCCUCCCCCUUCCCUUUUGUCCCCCUGACAUGGGCCGCCUGCUGGCCCUGACCCUCGCCUACCUGGCCUACCUGCUGGCUGCCGCGAUUGGCUCAGAGCGCCAACAGCACCGCGUGCAGCACGGCCCCUGCAGCUACACCUUCAUCCUCCCUGAGGUGGAGAACUGCCAUCCUUUGAAGGACUUCCAGGUCACCAACACCCUCCAGAGGGACUCCCCGCCUGAGGCAGAGCCUGAUACGAGCCAAUCCAAGCCGGGCAAGGCCCAAAAGGAGAGGCCUUCCUGGCAGGAGAGGAAGCUGGAGAGCCUGGAGAGUGCAAUGGAGAAUAACACUCAGUGGUUACAGAAGCUGGAGAACUUCAUCCAGGAGAAUGUGCGCUCUGGGAUGGAGGAGAUGAAGAGAACUGCAGUACACACCCAGACAGCCGCCAUGCUGGAGAUGGGAACCAACCUCCUCAGCCAGUCAGCCGAGCAGACCCGCAAACUGACAGACGUUGAGACCCAGGUGUUAAAUCAGACAAGUCGCCUGGAGAUCCAGCUGCUCGAAUACUCGCUCUUCACUAACAGGCUGGAGAAACAUAUUCUCAUGCAGACUCAGGAGAUCUCACGCCUCAGUGAUAAAAACAGUUUUCUGGAAGAGAGGCUCUUAGCCCUGGAGGCUCGCUAUGGGAGGGAGCUGCAGGGCUUGGAGAGUGAAAAGCAGCAGCUUCAACAGCUUCUAGAGAGGCAGAGUGGACUGGUCGGUCAGCUCCAGGGCGAACUGGGCAGCUCCACGCUCAACAGCACCUUACUACAAAGACAGCAGGCCGUGCUAACAGAUACUGUUCAGCAGCUGCUGGCUAUGGUCAACCACUGCAAUGAAAUCUCCAAUGUGCCCAAGGAGGAGCCACUUACUUUCAGGGACUGUGCGGAGAUCCUGCAAUCUGGAGUGACAGAGAGUGGAAUAUAUAGCAUACGCCUCCCUAACUCCACCCAGACUGUAAAGGUGUUCUGUGAUAUGAAGACGAGAGGUGGAGGGUGGACGGUGCUGCAGCAUCGGAGAAAUGGUUCUGUUGACUUCCAUCGCGGGUGGAGGGACUACAAAAUGGGCUUUGGAGAGCCUUCUGGGGAACACUGGCUGGGGAAUGAUAUCAUCCACAAGCUGACCAGCUCUCAGGAAUACAGCCUGCAUGUCCAGCUGAAAGACAGGGAAGGGAACGAAGCCUUCUCACAUUACGGCCACUUCUACAUAGACGGAGAGGACAACAACUACAGCCUUCAUGCAGAGCGCUUCAGUGGCACAGCUGGACGGACCAGCAGCCUCACCCACGGCGGCACCCCGUUCAGCACCAAGGACAGAGACAACGACCGCUGCACCUGCAAGUGCGCUCAGCUCGCAUCUGGAGGUUGGUGGUUUGAGGCCUGUGGUCCAUCCAACCUGAAUGGCAUAUAUUACCCCGGUUCAUCCAGUGUGGUCCGCUACAAUGGCAUUAAGUGGUACUAUUGGAAGGGUCCAAAUCUGAUGGCUACCAUGACAACUAUGAUGGUGCGCCCGGCAAACUUCUGAUGGCAUGAUGUUAGAUGAAGUUGAAGAUGAAUUCAUCCCAGGUGAAAUGUCACCUGGGAUGAAUAUAAUGAACAGUAUCCAUGAAAGUGUAUAUUUUUGGAGGACAUUCAAAUCAGUCUGUUGUGGUUCGGGCUUUUGGACUCGGAUCUUGGAGGGACAGUUAAGCAGUUGUCUGUGGACAUGUGCAGAGACACAGUAAGUUCCUGGGUGAGAAAUUCCACACAAAGGCAUUCAGACUAUAUUCGUUCGGCCGAUAGAGGGAGGAGGCAGAGGGUAUGAGCUUUGUUUAUCUUAAGACAAAAAUGACUCAGCACAUCAAAUUCUGCACUUACACAUGACCAGUUAUUCAAGCCCCACAUUAAAUCAAAUUCAUAAACCUUUACCGAUACUUUAUCACAGUACCUACUUUAAUAUUAAAAUAUGGAAAGUGUCGUGUCUUUCUCUGUAAAUAUAUUUUCUAAAGCUAUAUGACCAAACUACAGUGAUUCACAGACACAGCCUUUCCUAUGGCUUACAGAAAGUCAACCAAUUAAACUCUUCUCUAUGAAGUCCUAAUUCCCACACUAAAUGCUUUAUUAAAGUGGACCUUGGUAUGUGUGACACAUGUAAUGUCUAAGUUAAAAAUGUCCUACGCAUUACCCUGACUGUACCUUUAUUCCAGCAGCUUCACCAGACUAUAAAACAUUAGUGCCUGGUUAAAACUGUAGCUCAAUCCAUACAGAAUAGAAGGUAGGAUAACCCACAGUGACUUCAAUGGUUUACCACUGGUAAUAAAAACAACACCAUAAGGAACAGCAACAAUAACAGACUUUGCCCUUUUUGCUGAAUCUUCCAAAGGGCUUUCCACAAUGAAAUAUACCCAAUUCUCUCCAGGCACGCCUCUCAUAAAAUUUUAUUUGUGGGAGAUUUUGCUCAUAGAAGCACAUCAUACACUUUCACUGGUGUGAUUUACUUUCAGAAUCAAACAUUUUGUAUAAACAUCUGGGAACAAAGUUGUAAAUUCAAUUUAUACAUUGUUAAAACAAUAAAAUCAUGCAUCGGUUUUAAUCCACAGUGCCAGGUGCUUGUUACCACGUAAGCUACAUAAACUGCAACAAGCUACACAUGCUGGAUGAGAACUCCCAGCCAUUGAUCUGAUGAAUCAUCCAAUAACAUCAGUCCCUGUGGUGCCCAUUAGGAAGCGGAUGGGUUUCACCUCGGCUAACAACGACCUGGAUGUCCUGGUGUUUGCCGGGAGCGCAGCCAACGCUAACUGGAAGACGACACCCAAGGACAUGGACUGGCCGCGUCUACAAAGUCUGCUAAUUGUUGCGCUUCAUUCAGUGAAGGAAAGGCAGAUAGAACAAUUAAAAAUCUCAUCUUCUUGGCAAGACGUAUCUCCCCAGUGUCAUUCACUGCAAAUUUUAUACAACUGCAGAUGUUGAGCGUAAAUGAACUGUGAGCCAUGCCUUGGUGUUAUCACAAGUCCUGUUCAUUCAAGUCAGUCUCAGUUCAGAGAUACUUAAGCAAGAGAAACAUAUUUGCUUUAUCAUUAUGGAAAAAAACACUAAACAAAACAGGAAAUUAUUGUGAUUAUUUUUUUUAAAAUACAAUUUCAUAGCUUCACUGAGUCGUUGAAGGCUUUUCCCAGGCUCAACUACCUUUGAUUUACUACUCUAUUAGGAAAUAUGCAGGAGCUGCUCAUGAUAGUAAAACUACUCACAGGGAUAACAGCGCUGCUACUGCACCUGACCAUUGCUUAAAUGUGUCUGUAUAAAUAUAUGAUGCAAUCAUGCUAGAAUCUGUGAGAUAACUACAAAUAUCAUCACAAGUGGAUCCAGCACCAGCAGCUACAUGGAUAUAUAACACUCUGGCAGUGAUGAUAUGCCUGAGCCACAAACUAUACAAGCCUAAAGCCACACAUACAUACUCGCAUGCACUGCUGGCAUGCAGUGACCCCAUUGCUAAACAAGUUUAUUACGACCUCCAAGGGCCGGGCAGGCAAUAGAUCACAGCAGGGGAGGCCAGGGGUGAAUCCAUCAAAGCGACUUUAAUAAAGACCACUUGAUUUGGCCUGCUGGCUCAACAGAUGAAAUGGUUGUGUUCAGGUCCAGUGAAG